AUGUUUCUUCACCGUGUGUUGUAUGUUGUGGCGUUACUUUUGAGCAUUAUCUCUUUAUGUGUGGCGGCUGAUACUUCUGAAGAUUCUUCAGUUGAGGUUGGUGAUGAUAAUACUUGCCCUCCUGAUGGUAGUCAGUCUGAUGGCCCUAAGUGUAAUAAAUCUGCUAAAGGUGAAAGAGGCGAACAAGGUGCUGCUGGUCAUGCUGGACCUGUUGGACCUUCUGGUCCUCCUGGUCCUGCUGGCAAAGCAGGUGCACAAGGUCUACCUGCACCUCCUACUGAAACUGCCAAAGGCCCUCUUGCUGCUGAAAAUGAAAGGUUAACUCAAGAACCUCCCGCUAAUGGUUCCGAUCCUGCUAAUCACUCUUCACCACAACUUUCUACUGGUUCACCGCCAAAGCCAGGUUCUAGUGCAACUUCGGGCCCUUCUGCUUCUGCUGUUCCUGGUAGUCGUGUUAACAAUGGAUCAGAUAUUGGUUCUGAUGUUGAUCCACACGCUGCACAGAAUCCGCACGGUGAAAAGGGUGCUGGUGUUAAACCUGCUGCUCCUGCACCUGCUGCUGUGGAUAUUGCUACGCCUGCAGUUAACGGUGGACCAGGAAACAACGACAACAAUGCAUCCAAUGAAAGUACAGAUAACAAGGGUGAUAUCGUCACGUCAACUUCUUCUUCCAGCAGUACAGAGUCACAAAGUGAUGGAGCAUCUGAAACCACAACGACUGGAAAUGACACCACACCUACAGAGAGUGGAUCAUCAAACAACCAAAAUUCGGGAGGAAAUAAAGAAUCAACCACCACUACCACAACAACAACAACAACACUUCCUCCUGAACUCACAAACAACAAGAAGGGUGAUGCAGACAGCAGCAGCAGUAUCAGCAGUUCUGUGUGGGUGCGUGUAUCACUACUGAUUGUGGUUACACUGUCCUUUAUUCUUGUGUGCUGA